CUCAGUGAGUGAGGACUGCUUCCGGGAAUAGUGAGGCUGGCUGGAUCCCAGAUAUCUUUUGGAAGACCUGGAUUUGGGCCGUGGAAACGUACACGUUAAAUAGGCACCAAUAACAAAGCGGCGUGCAGCAUUUCCAAUCAAAAUACAAGCUGAAAUUCUCCACUAAACUGAAGGACGCUUUUGUUGAGGGUAAAGACGGGGUGAACCCGAAUGUAGCGAGUUUGACAUGAUGCCUGUCAACGUCAAUGACCUGAUGAAGUUGGUGCGCCAUAUUUCGGAGGAAGAGAAGAUGCAUGUCGCAAUAAGGAGUGCUGCGAAAGGAGCACUUUGGACUGGUGCAAUCGCAUUUGCAGGAGGCUUGGUUGGUGGUCCUCCAGGAAUCGCAGUUGGUGGUGCAGUUGGUGGGUUGUUGGGUGCCUGGAUGACAGGUGGACAAUUUAAACCAGUGCCCCAGAUACUUAUGGAGCUUCCACCAAAUCAACGGCAGAUCCUGUGUGACGAUGUAGCAAAUAUUGUCCGGCAUUUGGACUGGACUGAUGCAGUCCAAUUGAUAUCAUUAGUAAUGGGAAAUGCUGCCUUGAAGAACCAGGUACUGGCAGCAAUAAGUGGAUAUUUUAUGCAUCAACUCAAUGCUGAGGUGCGAUACCAUGACUGAAAUCUAUGCAAUUCUUGAAAUACGAAGUUUACUGAGUAGAUAGACACAAAGUAUUGCCUACGAAUUCAAGGAUCUAUGAAGAAUGCUACCUUGAUUAUGCUGCAGUGAUACUGGUGAAUUUUGCUGUUUUAAAUAUUGAUUAGAAUGGAGUGGCAUUUGGCUUGCAGGUUGGUGCAAAAGUAUGUUUGCCUGUUAAACUCUGUGGCCAAUGUUCAGCUAUGUUGACUUAAAAAGAAAGGAAAAAUAAGUCAAGUAUUUAACUGGUGGCAAAUGCAAUCUUACCCAUUUCAGCGAUACCACCCAGGAUAAAUUUCUCCCCCAAUUAUAUCAGCAUCAGGAUUCUUUAAAUUUGUUUUAAUUUUUUUUUGUUGUUUACCUUCUCUUGUCAUUUGUCAACAGUCAAUCAAUAGGAAAUGGACUGGGUGCAUAAACAAGGAAUAACUUUCGGGUAAUUUAAGAAUAACUGGACUUUUUUUCAAUAGCUCGUUAAUGCUCUUUUAAUUUGGUAAUACUUGAAAAAACAUGGUAAUUUUAAGAAAUGUCUGGAUACAUACUGGAAAGCUGCAAGAAAUGAUCUCACAGUUACUGUUCGGAAAGUAACAUCUCUCCAGCUAGUCAUCUCAGUCAGGCUGAUGUGUCUGUAAAUUCUGAUAAGAUAGUCUAGUGGCCAAAAUGAAACAUUAGAUGCACAACAGGGAUAUCAGGUCCCAGAAUGAUCUGGACAGAGUUAAUCAAGGUAAAUUUGUCAAAGUAACUGGUGAGAAUUGCAACAUAACUGUAGCUUGGAGAGCCUUUCUGGAUUAGUUAUAAGGUUAGUCUGCAGCCUUGCACAACCCGACUGCGUGUACAAUGCAGCUGGAGGCCCUGUAUACACAUCUCCCAAUCAACCAAUCAUAUCAGUAGGACUGCCCUACUGAUCAGCAUUGUCCCUGAUGUUAACUUAUUAACCAAGUAUAAACACGGAUGAAUUUGUUCCACCAGCAAUGCCAAAAUGAUCCCAAAUUUAUUUAGUUUCUUAUCUUUAAAGAUACUGUACAAUGUGCAUAAAGUGAGAAUAAAAGUUAACAAAUGGGUCACAGUCCCAAAUUGUAGAUUGGACAGUAACUAUGCGAAAGUUAAAGAAUACUAAACAGGCGCAGCAAAGUGGUGUUUCGAGUAGGCAGAAAGCUGGUGUGAUAAGCACUAAAGGAUGAACAAGAGGAGAAAAAGAAAAUGGAAUAAACGGUGCCAGGUUAGGGUUAAGCUGAAGAACGUACAUCAGUAAACAGGGAGUAGUGUAAGCGUGGAUUAAGUAAAUCAGAGGAGGAUAAACCUGAUUUGAGUGUGGAAUACCUGAAGGAGCGGCAGUUUUUUUUACUGUUGCUGAAGUGGAUUACUGCAGCAUAAUGGGAUUUUCCAUGUUAUUGGAAAAUAACAGUCUCUAGGCAGGAAAUUCCACAGCAGGCUGGCCCACACGUCAACCCGAGCUCAUUCUAGAAAAUUCCUCAGGGCACUGCCACAACAGACGUGACUCUUUCUGGCAGUAGUGCUACACUGGGGCGAAAUAAAUGUGGACUUUGCACAUAUCCAAAGAUAAGUUGGUAAGUUAAUUGGUCAUUGUAAAUUGUCCCGUGAUUAGGCUAGGAUUAGGUUGGGAGAUUGCUGAAUGGUGAGGUUCGAAGGGCUGGAAGGGGGCUACUCCACACUAUAUGUCAGUAAGUAAAUGUUAUUUUCUCUGAGAAGCACAAUUAGAACUAAGGAAAAUCACAAUUAUGUCUACAGAAUUGAGGGUGAAAGUAGUGCAGAGUCUGAGGAGAUUGAGGGAGAUAUAUAAUAUAAACAAGAGAAAAUCUGCAGACACUGGAAAUCCGAGCAACACACACAAAAUGCUGGAGGAAUUCUGUAAUUAUUGUUCUUAUUGCCCAUUGUUAAUUUUCAAUAGCUGCAGUAGAGUUCGUAGAUCAUCUGAGCCACACAGUCGAUUUGGGUGUUUAUCCUCAGUAUGAGGUUUAGCCUUCAUCUCAUUAGCCCGAUCUGUUCCAAUACUCACUUUUACUUCCCGGCCCAAUUAUUAAUGUAUGAUCUAUAAGUUGUUGUUGAUCUUUCCCUUGAGAAAAUAGCGAACUGAUUCUUCCCUAGUGCUGGCAACUUUUCCUAUAGUGCUGUUGAGGGGACGUUCCAGGUGAUUGGUUCACAAAUCAUGAAACAUUUCCAACCCAGGAAGCACCAUGGAAAUAUUGCCGAUCAUGUGUACCUACUGGCCUUGAACUUGGUCAUUGCUGCAGGCUUAGAUGGGCUAUUGGAGUAGUUCAAGUGAGUGACUGAUGUAGGUGUAGGCAGUAAAGGUACUGAAACCCGCUGGUUUCCUUCGCUGUGUAAGUCUAGGGGAGACAACCUCCUGCCCUGCCAAACUCGUAAGACUGAGGCGAUGUCCAACCCCAAACCCCUGUUGGUGUGGAUGUGUGUAAUUUGCUAACCUGUUUCAAAUUAGUGCCACAAAAUAACAGUACACCACAUACGAUUAAAAGAUUAUAUUUAUGAAUCUUAAUUUGACUAAAGGGUUAGUAAAGAAAAGAACAAAAAAAAAGGGCCUGUUUCAAUUAAACAGCCAAAUGUGCAUAGGUUUGGAGCUCAAAUCAAUCUUGCCCCAGCUUUGCUGAAUCACGGUCCCACUCUGGGUCGAAUCCUACGACCUCUUCUCUCCUGCGUCUUCCCUCUUCAUCCUCUCUUGAACAAAAGCGCCAAGCCCAAUCUUAGAGAAACCUCCCCUUAAUUCGACCAUCCUAAUUGGAUGGCACACAUUUCUCCUCCUCUCUUGUCUUCAUCAAUAACCCAAACAAGCUGAAAACAGAACAGACUGCUCUUACAGAACUGCUAAAUGAAAUACAUACAGCAUAACAGUAAAAAUAUGAACUAGGGCAUUACACUAUAUUAUGGUGGUAUUGGAAUGAAUGAUUCAAUUGAGUGAACUCCUUUGUGCUGCGUGCUUUUGGAGCUGCAGUCAUCCAGGUGAGGAAAUGAUUUGAGAACACACACAACACACAAAAUGCUGGAGGAACUCUGCAGGUCAGGCAGCAUUUAUAGAAAGUAAUAAAGAGACCCGAUGAAGGGUCUUGGCCUGAAAGGUGGACUCUUUAUGCCUUUCUGUAGAUUCUGAGUUCCUCCACCAUUUUGUGCAUGUUGCUCUGGAUUUCCAGCAUUUGCAGAACCUCUUGUGUUUAUGAUAUGAGAACAUCCCUGGCUUUGCUUUAUAGACUGUAAGAAGGCUGUCUGAAGUCAGAAGAUGUGUCAUAUGAAGGGUACUCAAUCCUUAACCUGCUGUUGUGGCUACAGUUUCUAUGUGACUGAUCCAGUUAAAUAAACAGUGCUAUUGCUGAUGGAAGUGAGAACAUCGUGGUUCAGACCAGGUGUUGAGGUGGUCAUCGUCUGGCAUUUAUCUGAACGUUACCUGCUGCAUAUCAGUCAAUACUGAAUGUUUUUUUUUCCAAAUUGGUGCAUUCCUAAGGAAUGGCGUGAUUAAGGUAGUUGGCGUAGAAAGGGAGGGAUUGCACAGGUAUUUGUUGCGAGCAUUCCUAGCAUCCUAGCCUCGGAGGCAGGGCAGUGCAGUUACGCCGGAAGUGCUGUUGAGUUGGAUUUCUCAUACUCAUUUAAAUUUGGAAUGAUAGGUAACAGUGAAAAGUACAAAAUUGUACGUGGAAUUGACAGGUUAGACGCUGAAAGACCGUUUGUAAUGGCUGAUGAGUCGAGUCAGGGCACUGUCUUAUUCUAAGGGAUUAGCCUCUAGAAACUGACAUGGAGAGAUUUCUUUGAGGGUUCUAUAAUUCUACCCUAGUGGUCUAUGUACAGGUUCAAGAUUACGUUCUCAAUAUUUUUGAGGACCAAGGGAAUGGAGGCAUUCCAAGAAAUAUUAAAAAUAGACGUUGCGCGUAACUUAGUCCUGCCCUUACUGAAUAGUAGAGCAGGUUCAAAUGAGUUAUAUGGCUCCUGGUUUUCCUAAUGUUUUGCAGGACUACUCUUGUCAGUAGCAGGUUGUAAGUCUUUUACAUUUAGUCUUCAAAUUAUUCCUCUAUUGCCCAGUUUCUACAUAAUAAGAACUAGGAGCAAGAGUAGGCCAUCCGGCCCAUCGAGCCUGCCCCGCCAUUCAAUAAGAUCAUGGCUGAUCUGUCCAUAAACUCAGCUCCAUCUACCUGCCUUUUCCCCAUAACCCUUAAAUUCCUUGCUAUGUGAAAACCUAUCUAACUGUUUCUUAAAUAUAUUUAGUGAAGAAGCCUCAACUGCUUCCCUGGGCAGAGAAUUCCACAGAUUCACCACUCUCUGGGAAAAACAGUUUCUCCUCAUUUCCAUCCUAAAUCUUCUCCCCUGAAUCUUGAGGCAAUGUCCCCUAGUUCUAGUCUCACCUACCAAUGGAAACAACUUUCCUACUUCUAUCUUAGCUAUCCCUUUCAAAAUUUUGUAUGUUUCUAUAAGAUCCCCUCUCAUUCUUCUGAACUCCAGAGAGUAUAGUCCCAGGCAACUCAAUCUCUCCUCAUAGAUUAACCCCUUCAUCCCUGGAAUCAACCUGGUGAACCUCCUCUGCACUGCCUCCAAGGCAGUAUAUCCUUCCUCAAGUAUGGAGACAGGAACUGCAUACAGUACUCCUUAAUCACUAUAAAUACUCAAAUUUUGUCAAAUGUGCUAGCUAAAUCUCAUACAUUGUAUCAUCUCAGUCAGAACACCCCUUCAUCUAUAUUCUGUUGUCUCUGGUGAUUAGAACAAAAAGUGAAUUGUCACUAUAGUCUGAAGUGAGCCAUGUAACUACUGGUUAAGAAGAUACCAACGAGUAAGCAACUACUCAUCUGAAGUGGACACUAAAAUUGGUUUUCAAGUACUUAUUUUACCAUCAUUUGUACCAAUCUACAAGACCUUUGCACAUGAGGCCCAUUGAUCCUUUUUUAUAAAAGUUGUUCUUUAUUACACAGUCAAAGCAUAUAUUUAAUUUGUAUGAAAGUGUAACUGUCGUAUGGUCUAAAAUGACUAAAUUGUGGCAGAUGUAUUCUGCAGUAAUUCAAGGGAUAUCGAUUGAUUCUGACCACUGGGGUAAAUGUAUACUAAUGAACAGCCAUUUUCUUUCCACUCCCAGUUGACAAUUGCUUACUCGCUGUUUCUGUGGAAAUGGUUAACACUAUUCAAGAGCAAAUUUCACAGAAACCUACUUUUGGUACUAUUGAAGACACAAGAUGCUGAAGGGACACAGUGGGUCAGGCGGCUCUUAUGGAGGCAAAUGGACAGUUGAUGUUUCGGAUUGAGAUCCUUCAUCAGGACUGGAAAGAAAGGCUCAUACAUAAGGUGGGGGAGAAGGGAGGAGCUGGAGUGAGAACUGGCAAGUGAUAAGCUGGGAUGUGAUAGGUGGAACUGACAAAGCGUUGAAGAAGAUGGAACCUGAUAGGAGUGGACAGCAGACCAUGGAAUAAAGGACAGGGGAUGAGGGGGAGGCAAAGGGAGGAAGGUGUGGGUGAUAGGCAGAUCACGAGGGCAAGGGAAGGAGUGAUGGAGCUUGAAGAAUAAGGCAAAACCAAGGGGGGAAUGACAGAGAGGUGUGAUUGUCAGAAGCUAGAGAAAUUUUUGUUCAUGCCAUCAGGUUGAGACAAUAAAGAUUGAAUAUGAGGUGUUGUUACUCUAAUCUACAUCCAGCCUCAACCAGGCAGUGGUGGAAGCCAUAGACAGUUAUGUCAGUGUGGGAAUGGGAAGUGGAAUUGUAAUGGUGGCUGUACUACAGAUAGAGCAAAGGUGUUUGAUGAAGUGGUCCCCCAUUUUGUUUUCGGUCUUACUGUUAGGAGCACCAGAUACAAUAACUGACAUCGUUCAAUUUAUUUGUGAAGGACUGCCUCACCUGGAAAGACUGUUUAUGACCCUGAAUGUGGAGGAGGGUGUAGAGGCAGGUGUAAUAUUUAGCGCAGUUCCAGGGUUGAGUACCUAUACAGGAGUUGGUGGGGAGGGAUGAUUCUAUCAACAGUCAAGACCUGAGAAGUCCUUCUCAUUUCACUGUUGGUUUAUGAAAUUCCUCUAUUUCAAUUCAGCUUUUAAACUUUUUAGAUAUGCAAUAGACAGUGAGUUUAAGGAUAAUUUUCUAAACGUUCCCUGAUGUAAAGCCAAUUGAGGUUUUUAUGUUAUUGGAGAAUUAAAUGGUGCCCCUAACAAGGAAGAGCUUACAUAAUUGUGUGGAAAUAGAAAAGGAAAUCACAGCAAUAUCUGAGCAAUUCAAAUGACAACUUUUAAUUAAUCUUAGAGCAAAAACUGAAGGUGAAUGGCAAACUUAUACAUUUUGAUGUUUCUAAUGACAUUCCUUGUUAAUGUGCUUUAAAAAAUUCUUGUACAGUUGCAUUAACCUAUGUAAUGUUUGUGUCUUUUUAAUAAUAUCCUGUAAAUUAUUAACCUUAACUCUUGUGCACAUUUAUGCAAUCCAAAAUCAUGUAUCAGAACACCCGCUGUACAUUGUCCAUUAAUUUCCAGCUUAAUAGGACAGGAAUAAUGGUCAACGUGCACCUAGUUAUCCAUCACAUAUCUGCGAACAUUGACACGUAAAUGACUGGUUAGCACCAUAGGUUAAUUUAUUGAGCUAUUCACUCUCAGUUUGAAUUCAGCCCACACUGAUGGGAUUAAAAUUACAUCCCCAACAGAACUAAAUAAGUUAGCAUGGGUAGUUUUAUUUUAAGUCACCGUGGGCAUAAAUUGUCAGUAGUGCAAAACUACCACUGGAAGAUAAAUUGUCUCUAAGUUGACAAGCUAACCUUAAAAGAAACUGGUAAAAUUUUGAUGUAAAAGGCUCUUUCAGGAAUAGAGAUAUACAGACUUGAGUCAACAUGAUCUCUCUUUAAAAAAUAUUAUUUGCAAAAGUUAGUCUGAAUAAUGUUAUAUGAGCUGUUGUAAAGCUGCUGGGAUUAUUACUGGAAAUUAUUGCAAAUGUGAAUUCAUGAUAAAAGAACAAAUGAUUUGUUGAGGGAGUGGAUAUAUGUUUUGAAAGCUUUGCAAACACAGUUUAGCAGGGAAUGUAUUAAUUAGACAUGAACUGAUUUAACACAUUUCUUAAAGUGGCAUGUUUGUGAAAAUUAAAUUAUUUUCACAUUGUUUUAUUUAGUUUUUUCCAGUCAGAAGCUCACUUUAUUUUCACUGCAUUCUUUUACAGUAAGAUAUUCCAUAUUGUUGUAAACAGUUAAAAUUCAAUCAUGCUAAUAGGGUACAAUCUUGACUUGUAACUGGAAAGUUUAUUUAAGUUGUCUGAAACAAUGCAGGCGUAACUGGGAAUCUGCUGAAUGACUUCAUUAUUUCAGCUCUGUGAGCCUUAAGCAUCCACUGCACGUGCCUGAUUGUAUCAGUAAUAAAUAGUUAAUAGGAAUGUUAAAGUUUUCCUGUUACUUUUUCACAUCAGCUUCA